AUGUCAAAACAUAUCAGGUUUGCCUCUGAGACUACAUUUUGUAUCGACUCUGAUAAUUCAGAUUCUGAAGGGGAUUAUUUCGAAGAGAAAAAUCCUGACUGAAAACUUCUGUCCCAUACUGAUUUGUUCUCGUUGAAUAAUACUUCUGACCAGAGUGCUUCAAGACUGAACCAUGAGGAAGAAGCUCUACUAAAGUACUACAACGAGCAAAUAAAAGGAAAAGAGGCUGAGAAGGAACAGAAGCCUAAAUUAGGCAAGACCAAGGUGUACAUCCAGCCUUCAAAGAAGUUUAUUAGGAUAGUAGAUAAUGCUAUUUGACUGUUGAGAGAGAAAGAACGUAAACGUGAGUUGGACCUAGAAGCUGAGAAGAAAUUAAAAAUGGGGAUCAUUGAUGUCCUCCGAGCUAGUCUGGCAUGAGACACGGAUAAAAGCCCACCAAAAAGUCAAAGGAUUGAUAAGGAUUGCGAUUGGGAAAAUAUGGAGUUUUAUGACUUGGUAAACUUAGUUAAUAACUUCUGCUCAAAAUCAGAAGAAGAUGUCUCUGAUGUAACGACUAUGAAGACUAGUUAUUUGAAGAAAAAGAUGCGAAAACUUCUUCCUGAAGAAAAGAUGAAAUCAAAGAAGAGUUCGACUAUAAUCAUUAAUAAAAUUAGGGCUCCAGUUCUGGUGAAGGAUACCAUAGAGGCACUGAAGAGUCAUAAGAGAAGUAGAGGGAGAAACAAUGAACCUAGUCCUUUUGUUACAGCGACUACUUGUCUAUCUCACUCUGCACUUUCACAGAAAAAAUCUAGUGUGAGCAGGAGUAGGAGAACUCAAGAGAGUUGGAUGCCACAUAAUUAAGAGGAAAUCCGAAUAAGACAGGUUCUUUCUUGAGAGCACAUUUUCUGACGUACUAACAGCAUUUUUCAAUUAAAUUA